AUGAGUGGUCGAGGAAAGGGAGGCAAAGGACUCGGUAAAGGAGGCGCCAAGCGUCACCGCAAAGUUCUCCGUGAUAACAUCCAGGGAAUCACCAAGCCCGCUAUCCGCCGUCUGGCUCGCCGCGGUGGUGUGAAACGUAUCUCCGGUCUGAUCUACGAGGAGACCCGCGGUGUGCUCAAGGUUUUCCUGGAGAAUGUCAUCCGUGAUGCCGUCACCUACACCGAGCACGCCAAGAGGAAGACCGUCACCGCCAUGGAUGUGGUGUAUGCUCUGAAGAGACAGGGCCGCACUCUACACACCCAAUUACAUGUACGGUCAGGCAAAGCGAUAAUGGCAAGAACCAAGCAGACCGCUCGUAAGUCUACCGGAGGCAAAGCCCCGAGGAAGCAGCUGGCCACCAAGGCAGCACGUAAGAGCGCCCCUGCUACCGGCGGCGUCAAGAAGCCUCACCGUUACAGGCCCGGUACCGUGGCUCUGAGAGAGAUCCGUCGCUACCAGAAAUCCACCGAGCUGCUCAUCCGCAAGCUGCCCUUCCAGCGCCUGGUCCGAGAGAUCGCUCAGGAUUUCAAGACCGACCUGCGCUUCCAGAGCUCCGCCGUCAUGGCUCUGCAGGAGGCUAGCGAGGCUUACCUGGUCGGCCUCUUCGAGGACACCAACCUCAUCCAGAUAGCAACCAUGAGUGGUAGAGGAAAGGGAGGCAAAGGACUCGGUAAAGGAGGCGCCAAGCGUCACCGCAAAGUUCUGCGUGAUAACAUCCAGGGAAUCACCAAGCCCGCCAUACGCCGUCUGGCUCGCCGCGGUGGCGUGAAGCGUAUCUCCGGUCUGAUAUACGAGGAGACCCGCGGUGUGCUCAAGGUUUUCCUGGAGAAUGUCAUCCGUGAUGCCGUCACCUACACCGAGCACGCCAAGAGAAAGACCGUCACCGCCAUGGAUGUGGUGUAUGCUCUGAAGAGACAGGGCCGCACUCUGUACGGCUUCGGCGGUUAA